AUGUCGCGUCGGGACGAUGAUCUGGCGUACGGGGACUAUCACGGCCAGGCAGAGGGUGAGGAGGCAGACCGCGGGAUGAUGGGAGACAUGGGUCGGCGCUUCUUUGGGGGCAAGAAGGAGCAUUCACAGCCUCACCAAGGCUCCUCGAACUCAGGCGGCAUGUCGUUUCUCUUUGAUAAGAUUCACAAGGAGGUCCACAAGAUUAGCGCCGACCUCAAGGACUCUUUCUCAGGAAAGAACGAUGAGCCUGUCCAGGCACAACAGCAGGGCGAACCACAGCCCGGACAGGAAUACCACAACCAGCACCGCUUCUUGAGCUUUGCUCCUGAGCGUCAUGGCAACGAUAUCAAGUGGUAUGUCGAUGGUGCUUCUUACAUGUACGCCGUAUCGGUUGCACUAGAGCAAGCCCGCGAGUCAAUCUGGAUCCUGGACUGGUGGCUGUCCCCAGAGCUCUACCUUCGACGACCUCCAGCCAAGAACCAGCAGUACCGUGUCGAUCGGCUGCUUCUAGCUGCCGCCGAACGCGGAGUCAGGGUCAACAUCAUAGUCUACAAAGAAGUCACGCAGGCUUUGACGCUCUCUAGUUCUCAUACCAAGCACCAUUUGGAGGAUCUCCACCCCAACAUUGGUGUCUUUAGACACCCCGACCAUACCCCAGAUGCCGCGGUGCUCUCUGGCCAGUUCUUCAACACCAUGAAGAACAUGACGUUUUCGCCUGCAAAGAUUGCGCAACUACCGCUAGACGGUCUCAAGAGCUUCUACGGUUCGACCGGCGAUACCGUUCUUUACUGGGCGCAUCACGAGAAGCUCUGCUUGAUCGAUGGGCAGAUUGCAUUCAUGGGAGGAUUGGAUCUCUGUUACGGACGUUGGGAUACCAACUCUCACCCGAUCUCAGAUGCGCACCCUGGUAGUCUUGAUCGAAUCGUGUUCCCUGGACAAGACUUUAACAAUGCCAGGAUGCUAGACUUCGCCGCUGUUGACCAUUGGGAAGAAAACAAGCUCGACAGGACGCAGAGCUCUCGCAUGGGAUGGUCCGAUGUAGCGCUCAACUUACGUGGUCCAGUUGUCCAAGACCUCCGCACGCAUUUCACGCAACGCUGGAACUUCAUUUACGACGAAAAGUACUCUCACAAAGCAACCAGGUACCAGAGGCUUCCUGAUACCACAAGCGGUGCCCAGCAGGGCGGCGAGUACCCACCUCAGCAGCGAGAGGGAGAAGAGGGAGAAGAGGGCUCUCGAGGAUUUGGUGGUGAUGGUGAGGAGGGCGAACGAGGCUUGUUCGGCCGGGGCGGCGGAUUCCGUCAAAAGAUGUACAACCGCGUCAACGAGGAAUACCAAGAACACUACGGUCAUCAAGAACAGCAACAGCACUAUCAGUCACACGCGGAACACGGUGCGCAGAGAGCCAACGUCGACUGCCAAAUCACUCGUAGCGCUACCAAAUGGAGUCACAACAUUUCCACUGAGCACUCGAUCCAAAACGCCUACGUGGAGACCAUCAGGAACAGCCAGCACUUUGUCUACAUCGAAAACCAAUUCUUCAUCACGGCUACGGGCGACCAGCAACGACCGAUCAAGAACCAGGUCGGAGCGGCAAUCGUCGAGCGCAUCGUUCGUGCUGCUCGUAAUGGCGAGAAGUACAAGAUGAUCGUAGUUAUCCCUGCCGUCCCUGCCUUUGCUGGCGACCUUAAGCUUGACGAAGCUCUGGGCACACGAGCUAUCAUGGAGUUCCAGUACGACUCCAUCAACCGUGGAGGUCAUUCCAUCUACGAGGAGAUUGCCAAGGCUGGCUUCAACCCCAUGGAUUACAUCAGGUUUUACAACCUUCGGAGUUACGAUCGCAUCAAUGCCAGUAAGGUCAUGCAAGACGCCGAGCAGCGUAGUGGUGUCUCGUACGGACAAGCUAGUGAGGGCUUUGAUGCGGCGCAUGAGGGAGCGCGAGACUACCAAGCUUACCGUCCUCCACCGACUGCUGAGUACGGCGUCUACGAGAUGGACGGAGGUGGUCGUCCUCCUCAGCAGCAGGCAUAUGAGAUGGAUGCCGGGUACGGAGGCCCUCCCAACGACGGAAGGCAGUCUAACUACAACCGGUACCAGCAAGAAGCCGAGAAGAUCGGUGGACGCCAAGGCCUCGGUGACGGUCGCUGGGAUUCGGUCUGCGAGUGCUACAUGCUCAACGGCGAAGACAUUCGCAAUGUUCCUUGGGAAGGCGGGGCAGUAGAUGAGAUAGACGCUUUCGUGAGCGAGGAACUUUACAUCCACAGCAAGCUCCUGAUCGCCGACGACACUACCGUCAUCUGCGGAUCCGCCAACCUGAACGAUCGCUCCCAACUCGGCGACCACGAUUCCGAGAUCGCAAUCAUCAUCCGUGACCCGGACAUGAUUGACUCCUCCAUGGAUGGCCGCCCCUACCAAGUGUCUCGCUUUGCCAGCUCUCUCCGCCGAGAGAUCUUCCGCAAGCACCUAGGUCUGCUCAAGCAUCAGCCUGUCGAUGGCGUAGACGAGAACUGGCAGCCCGUUACUACUCCGCAAGUCUACGACUGGGGAUCUGAUAUGGACAGACAGGUUGCAGACCCACUGUCCGAUGAAUUCCAGGACCUGUGGAACUGGCGCGCCAACACAAACACCAACGCUUUUGGCAAGAUCUUUCACCCCGUUCCUUCGGAUGAGGUCAGGAACUGGAAGCAGUAUGAUGAGUACUAUUCCCGCUUCUUCGGCCAGUCGCAGCAGGACAAGGAGAACAAGAAGCCCAGCCUGUACAAGUGGGGCCACGUCGUAGCCGAGAACUUCAGCCAGGGCGAGCAGGGUGUGCAAGAGGUCAAGGAGGUGCUGAGUACCAUCAAGGGUACGCUUGUGGAGAUGCCGCUGCUGUUCCUGAAGGAAGAGGAUAUUGCGAAAGAAGGCGUGGGCUUGAACGCUCUCACAGAGGAAAUCUACACUUAG